AAAGGGGUGAUAAAACGGUACUUAAAAGGGCGGAUAAAAAUGUACUUAAAAGGUGAGAUAAAACGGUGCUUAAAAGGGGAGAUAAAACGGUACUUAAAAGGGGAGAUAAAACGGUACUUAAAAGGGGAGAUAAAACAUAAAACGGUACUUAAAAGGGAGAUAAAACGCUACUACAAAGAGGAGAUAAAACGGUACUUAAAAGGGCAGAUAAAACGGGGAGAUAAAACGUACUUAAAAGGGCAGAUAAAACGGUACUUAAAAGGGGAGAUAAAACGGUUCUUAAAAGGGCAGAUAAAACGGUACUUAAAAGGGCAGACAAAACGGUACUUAAAAGGGGAGAUAAAACGGUUCUUAAAAUGGGAGAUAAAACGGUUCUUAAAAGGGCAGAUAAAACGGUCCUUAAAAGGGGAGAUAAAACGGUUCUUAAAAGGGCAGAUAAAACGGUUCUUAAAAGGGCAGAUAAAACGGUACUUAAAUUAA